CGAUGUCCUUGCCCUGCCCAUCUUCAAACAGGAAGAAUCGAGUUUGCCUCCUGAAAAUGAGAACAAAAUUCUGCCUUUCCAGUACGUGCUGUGCGCCGCCACGUCCCCGGCUGUCAAGCUCCACGACGAAACGCUCACCUAUCUCAACCAAGGGCAGUCCUAUGAAAUCCGGAUGCUGGACAACAGGAAAAUCGGGGAGCUGCCGGAGAUAAACGGGAAACUGGUCAAGGUGAGCGGAGAGCCACGGGGGUACAUCCCGAUGUCCGUGGGCAUCAUCGACCCUCGAGCGAACCCAACGCAGCUCAACACCGUGGAGUUUCUGUGGGAUCCUUCCAAGAGGACUUCUGUGUUCAUCCAG